AUGAAUGAAAUAGAAGAAUAGGAAAAAUAGUUAUAUUAUCUUUAAAGAUAGAAAAUAGCUCAAUUAGAUAAAUAAAUAUUAAUGAAAGAUUAAUUAAUAUUGGAAUUACAAAGCAAAUACAAAAAUCUUUAUGAUGAUUAUUAGCAUAAUUUAAGAGUUAUUAAAGAUAGGGAUGAUGAAUUAGAUGAAAUAACAGAUAAGCUCCUCACUUUGAAAUAAUAGAAUGAUAGAUAAUUGAAUGAAUAUAUUGAAUUGGAAGCUGAGAUACAUAGAAAGUAGGAGGAAUGGAAAUUAUAACGGGAUAAUUUGAAAUCUAAGAAUGAUGAAUAAAGGAAAGAAAUUAAAUAUUUAAAGCGAAUACAUGAAGAAGAGAUUAAUUAAUUCUAGACUAAAUACAAAUAAACAUUAAACUAAUUAGAAUAAUUGAAAAAUGAAAAAAUAUAUUUCAAAAAUCAAUAAGAUUAAUUAAAUGAUUAAAAGGAGUAGAUUGAAUAAUUAAUACAAAAAUUGAAUGAUUAAAAGAAUAUUAUAAUCAAAUUAGAAUAAUCUUCAGAAUAGCAUAUCUAAAUUAAUAAUGAAAAUGCACAAUUAUAAUAGAAACUUAAUUUAUAGAAAUAAUAAUUUAAUGAACAAAUUGGAGAAUUUCAAAAUGAUAAUCAAUUAUUGAAAUUGAAAAUCUAAUAAUAAUAAUAAAUUAUAGAUUAAAUUAAAAGAGAUCAUGAUGAUUAAUAAGGAUAAGAUUCUAUUAAUUAAAAUAAACUUUAAUCAAAAAUUAUCUAAUUAUAAUAAGAGAAAUAGGAAAUGGAAUAUAAAUUAUUAGAAAUGAAAUAAAAAAAGAAAACUAAAGGUAAAUUAUUGAAAGAAUAAACAUAACAAUAAUUAAAAUCUAUUUAAACUUAAUCGGAAGAGAAGAUUAGAAAAUUAGAAUUUUAAUUACAAUAAUAUUUAAUUGAGAAUGAAAAAUUAUAAAUAUAAGAAGCAAAUCAAAAAGAAAAAUGUUAAGAAAUUGAAUCUAAACUUAAUAGAUUGAUUUUUGAUAAUGAAUAAAGAGUAUAAUAAUUAAUUAAAAAUAAUGAAUUAGAUAAAAAACAAUAAAAAAAUGAUAUGGAUUUAAAAAUCUAUUAAAUCAAUUAAUUAAAUGAUGAAAUUGUAAAUUUAAAAUCAACUAUUAAUGAAUCAAAUAAAUUAUUAGAUAAUAUGGCAGCUAAAAUUUAAGAAUUAAAAAAUGAAAAUAACAUUUUAAUAGAAGAAGUAGUUAAUUUAAGAAAAAAUAAUAAUUAAAAUAAUACAAAUAAAAAACCAUAAUUAUAAUAAUCUAAUCCUUCCAAUAAAAAACCAUCAUAAUAAUAAUAAUAAUAAUAAUAACCAAAAAUGAAAUUCUUAGAUGAAGAGGAAGAAGUUGAAUCUGUUGAAAAGCUACUCUUUAGUGGUGAUGAAGGACCUGUCUCUAGUUUACUUUAAAGAGGUUCUAUGUAAUAAUAAAUUAAAUAAUCAAAACAAUCUUUAUCUAAACAUCAUAGAAGUUUGGAAUAAGAAAAUACUCAAUUAAAAUUAUUUGUUAAAGAUAUGCAUUAAACAAUGGAAAAUACAAAGGAUUAAUUAUUAUUAAAAGUUUAGGAAUUAAAUAUUCAAAAAUAAGAAUGUUAUUAAGCAAAAGAAAAAAUAUAAUCACUUUAAUAAGAAAUCUUGAAAUAUAAAGAAUAAAUCUUAAUUCUAUAAGCAUAAUCAAAAAAUAAUGAGGAUUUAGAAAGUGUAACAAAUGAAUUAAAACAAUAAAUUGAGAAUCUUAGUAAAAAACUAUAGAAUUCAAAAGAAAUUAUUCUAAAAUUGAAAUAAGAAAGAGAGAAAUUAUUGGAUAUAACAAAUGAAUUGAAUUAAAAAUUAAAAGAUUCUGAUAAUCAUGAAGAAUUAUUAUAGAUGCAAACUGAAAUUAAAUACUUAUAAAAUUAAAUUAAGUAGUUGUAAUUAUAAAAUGAAAUUCCAAUAAAUUAAAAAUCACAACUACCAAAUCUUAGUGAGAUUCAAAAUUAAUUGUUUGUGAAAUGA